AUGACGGAUGGCAAGAAGGCCCCUCUGUUAAGUAAGGCCACACAGAUACCUCCUCGCACUAGGCAAUCGUCCGUUCCCACCGCGUCUCCGCUUAAUGGUGGCCACGCCGCUCGGGGCGGGGCUUCUCGCGUUAGUGAUCCAAUGACGAGCGAGUUCGAUCCGGGUGCGAACAAGACAAAGAGGGAUGUGCGCUUCGCAGCGGCUCCGUCUAGUCGGGCGACAGAACCUGCUGUGAAGCUACCCGAGAAUUCGCAGGUUAACAAGGAUGAAGGUUCAGGAAAGCCACCUCUCUCGAAGUCGAAGGCUCCUGCCCAGAUAAUUCUACGAAUACGGUCACUGACAACAAGAAACCACCUCGACCGAUUAGGACGAACAGCCAAGGCAGCUGUUCGUCCUAAUGUAAACUCGUCCACGAUCCUAUCCACGCCAUCACCCUUCGAUUCUUCGAAGGCGAACGCUCAGCGCACGCAGGCGAUUUGGAACUGGACCAAAUGCUAA